CCAGCAUCAGGCUCUAGCUAAAAGCGUGUAGCAGGCUGGAUGGAGUGUAUGAGUGGAUCAUCUCUCAGACUCCCCUUAAUCUCCUCAGUCAUCUCUGAAGCGACUAAUCCCGUGACGUCACCCGCCUUCCUUAGUAACCCUCCUCGGCGUCUCCGGAGGAAAACCAUCAACAUGGGUUUAUUAUCAAUUCUCCGAAAGCUGAAGAGUGCUCCAGACCAGGAGGUGCGCAUCCUGCUCCUGGGACUCGACAAUGGAGGAAAGACAACACUACUCAAGCAGCUGGCUUCUGAGGACAUCAGUCACAUCACUCCUACACAGGGCUUCAACAUUAAGAGUGUGCAAUCCCAGGGUUUCAAGCUAAAUGUAUGGGACAUUGGAGGCCAGAGAAAGAUCAGGCCAUACUGGAGAAACUACUUUGAAAACACUGAUGUGCUUAUUUACGUCAUAGACAGUGCAGAUCGGAAGAGGUUUGAAGAAACGGGGCAGGAGCUGGCCGAGUUGCUGGAUGAGGAGAAACUUAGUGGUGUCCCUGUCCUUAUCUUUGCAAAUAAGCAAGACUUGCUCACUGCUGCUCCAGCUUCAGAGAUUGCAGAGGGUCUGAAUCUGCACACCAUCAGGGAUCGCAUGUGGCAGAUCCAAUCCUGCUCUGCUCUCACAGGCGAGGGAGUCCAGGAUGGCAUGAACUGGGUGUGCAAGAAUGUCACGGCAAAGAAGAAGUAGGAGUGUUCGUACAUUUUUAAGCUAUCCAGGCACUGUGUGGAAAAGCAAACACUGUGGACUAUGUGGAAUCUUCACCAGCUGGACCAGGUUGUAGAGGAAUGAUCUCUGUAUUGACAGCAGCUGAGGAUGCCUAGGACAAGACCUUUAACCCCCCUGACUCUAGUAAACAUCCACCACCAUUGCACUGCGAGUUCUGUGCCGCACUCCUCCUGGAUUAUCCGAUUUACUCUCACUUUUCUGUUCGGUCCAAAGACUAACCAGUGCACCUAAAAUGAACCACUACAUCUAACCAAACCCUGCAGCUAUUAAAGCCUAACACUCCAUGCAUAACGUCUUGACAAGCUCAUCUCUGAUAUAAGCUGAGAUCCUCCUCUCUGUAUGUGUUGUCUGAACAGAGGCUUGUUACUUCUUGUAUUGCGGAUUGAUGAUGUGCUAUGAGCUAUCAGAAAUGUAUGUGCAUGUGUGUACAUGUAUGUGUACAUGUAGAAUGAGUUAAAACUAGCUUUAUGGAGUGCAAAAGUGUUUCUGAUCUCAUCUGAUCUGAUGUCAAAGUGAUGUUUGGCAUACGUACUUAUUUGCCCUGUCAGAGGGCACGCGCACUUGAGUUUAUCCAUACACUGUUUUAUAUAUUAGUCUUUUUAGAAGUUUGCUAAUUCUUUUAAAUAUCAUGCUUAUUUCUGUUUUUAAGGCUUCUUUGUUGUGUUGACUUCCAAAGAGCAUUUUGUAGGCUUGUACCAUAGUGUUAAAAAUUGAGUGCUCAUUUUGAUUUGGUUAAUGAUAGACGAGCAUCGGAAUAAGCCAGAGUGUGGGAAGGACAGUUACCUCUCACUUAGGACAGGACAUAAAUGAAACUGACAGGUGCCCUUGUAACAGGUUUAGUAGGCUUAAUCAUCUGGUUGUGGCAGUGGAGAGGUGCUUUGUGUGUGAGUGUGUCCAAUCUAAUAACCACCAGAGAAAAGGGAAGAACUGACAUGUUGGUGUUUUUCAUUUGUGUUUGUUUUGGGAGGGGGAUUUGUGAGUGUUUUACUUUGUGUAUUUUAACAUUCCAUUCCUCAGGCCUCAGUACAUCAGAACAUAGUAAAGGUUUAUGAUGGAACAUACAUGUAUCCGUGCUACUGUACAUUGUUUUCCUUUAUUCUUUCAAAUACUCCACUGUAAAUGAUUGUAAUGAAAAUCCAUUGUAAAUGAUUGUAAUGACUGAUGAUGAUUUUGCAGAAUAUUUUAUGAAACACUUUCUAGAGGACAGAGUCAUAUCAGCAUAAUAAACAUAUUGAAACACCAACAAACCAUGACUUAGGCA